GACAACCAAACACUCCCGCCUCCUCCCCCUCCUCUCCCCCCCAACCCAAUCCCUCUUAAGUAGCCGCCAGCAUGAGCGACUCCGAAUCCUCCUCCCUCUCAACACCACCCGUUUCCGACGACGAGAUGCCCCAAGUCGUCGCGUCUUCUGCGGCGACCAAAGCCUCCGCCUCAAAGAAGAAAGGCAAGAAGAACGGCAACAUUUUGUCCUUUUUUAAGAAUAAGACAUCACCGGAGCCUCCACGAAAGAAGAGACCCGCGUCACCGCCUCAUGAUUAUGUCCCCGAGGACAAUCCAGACAUCGCUUUUCUCGUCAUGUUUCGGUCGCGAUUCACAGAUGCUUUCCCGCCCAAAUCACCAAACGUUGGGCCCCAAGACAUCGAGAGAGGCGUCGCCAGCGAAUUGCCCUCGCCGCAAAUCGAAAGUCUCCUAUGCGCCAUCCUCGGACUCGUCUUGAAUCGCAAGAAACCCGUAGAGAGGGGUCAUUACGGUCGUGCCCUGGAAGAGGCCAUUCAAACCCAGCGGUCACAAUGGCCGCGAGAAUGGGGCGGAGUCAACCCAAUAAGUGGCGGAAGGUCCUUCAACACCAUGUCGGCUACAGAGCGCAUUGUCCUCCUCAAGACCCUUGCCCUCUGGGGCUUAGCCACAUGCGAAGCCGUUAAGAAAAUCAUCAACGACAGGUACAAAGUACGAACAAGCAAGAUCAUCGACGACAGCAACGUCCCUCUCUCCGUCCAACCCUGGGGUCGCGAUGGCGACCAUCGCCGAUAUUGGUUGAUCGAAGGACAAGAUGAUACACCUUUCCGUGUAUACCGUGAGAGUAACCCAAAACUCAAGACCAACACUUGGUGGAGUGUCGCCGGGUCCAUUGAGGAGAUACGAGCACUGGCACAAAAGCUAAAGACGGACGACGGCUCAAGGGAUGCUAAGCAGCUGAGCGAUCGGAUGCUCAAUGCGAUCCCACGCUUCGAGGCUUCCGAGGAGAAAAUCAAGAAGCGACAAUACCGCCAGCAAUUGAAGUCGCGAUGGCAGCGCCCAGAGCCAGGCUUCUCGAUGUACGAGGGACGCACCCGUGGCAAGCGCAUGAAGUACACAUUCUCGGAUGAAGAAGACCAGUCAAAUUCAGAUGCAUUUGAUCUUCGACGGUCUACCCGGAAUUCAGGCAGGGUUUCCCCAGCCCUGCAAACUGGCCCAACUGUCACUGCGAGCGGACGUCAGGUCAAAUCACGCGCGACUGGCGUUUAUGGCGAGAGCUUGCUCAGUGGACAAGUCACUGAAGGUGCCUCGCCAGCCAAUGGAGACUUCGUCCAAUCUGAGGGAUCUGAAGAAGCUGAGGGUGGACGUCCAACACGCAACAGCACCAGUCGGCCAACGAAUGGCUGGUCAAAAGGUCGCGCCAAUAUCGAAACGUACAACUCCGUGGACGAGAUGGACGAGGAAGACGAUGCAACAUCUUGGGACGGUGGAGACGAGGAUGAGGAUGGUGACGACCGUGAUCAGAUGGAUCUCGACGAUGACGAAGAUGAUGAUGACGAUGCUGCAGACGACGACGGUGGCGAGGACGAUGAUGAAGGGAAGUCUCUCCUGGUCCGUCUAAAGUAUCCAAAGGGGUCUUUUGAAGGCGAAGGCGAAAGCAAAGACGCAAAUCCAGAGUCCACCACUGGAGAACCACCCGCAGCUGCUCCUGUUAAAGACUCGCCAGCAGACUCCGAGCUUGCCCCCGUCCCUGCACCUACAACCAACGGUCUCUCAGCUCAGCAGACAAGCAAAGUCCCGCUACCUGUUGAAUCGGAACCAGCUCUUCCACCCACACCCAAGGUCGAGCCACCCGCCGUACAGCCCGCCUUCUCAGCGCCCACUCCCCCAUACGCCGCAGCCGAGGAGAAUGCUCCCAAACCACAACAAUACAACAUGGCCCCCGUUGUCUCCCCAGAUCAACAUCCUCCGUUCCAGCUCCAGCAGCAGCCGCAGCAACCCACGACAGCCACCAGCUGGCAGUAAAGCUCGUUUUGUGUCACUACUUGUCAAAUAAACAGCCUCCGUUCCAGGCAGGUGUUCUUUUUUUUUUGUUAUCAAAGUCUAGUCAUAGAAUAGUCAGUGUAAGGACCAAGGACCAAAGGAUCCAUAGGGACAGGGCAUUCGGAGUACGAUAAACUUACUUCUCUUUCUCUUCUUUCUUUUUUGUCAUACCUUCUCUGUUCCAACCCCCAAAAAAUCAUUUUGUCUCACGAGAAGCAAAAACCCAAAGGAAUCAUACUAUACUAUUAUACAAUAAAGUAUUACAAGCAUCUUAAUCAAAAGAAAAAAC